UCAGCCCCCUGUCAGUGACGUGAGCCGAGAGGAACAUGGCGCUGUUGAGGAGGUUAGUCUGGUGACAGCCUGAUUCAUCUCCUGUAGCUGAUGCUUUUUAAUCCACAUCGAGACAAACACGCGAAAGAUGAUAUUAAGGUGAGCGCUCGCUUCGUCUCCAUGGACACCGGGACACUACAUCUGCUCGCGCUGUUUGCUGUCGUCAGCUGAAAAUGUUAGCAUUCACCUGCUAGCUGGAGCUAGUUAGCUUGCUAACAGCAAGUCACCAAACAGACCGAAAAUAUGCUCGUUCAUGUCGCCGACACUGACGUUAAACUCGUUAUGACCGAUGACUGAGGCGGUUUCUUCAGCAGCAAAUCGGACAUUUUUUGUUUAGGACGACGUUUCCAACCAGCUAACGUCUCGUUAGCUAAGCUAGGAGGAUGGGGAGCCGCCAUGGAUAUGUGUUGUUGCUGGCCAGUGGGAUUUUGCUGUCGGCGGUGUGGCUGUCGGAAGGUGCCCCUGUUCGUCAUCCUCACAAAUCAGCAGGAAGCACCGGGGACAGUGUUUCCACCUCGCUCUACCUGGCCUUGGUUGUGUCACUGACGGCGCUUGUGGUCCUGGUGGUGCUGCUGGUAAACUGUGUGACCUGCUGCAAGGAAAGGGAGAUCAAUUUCAAGGAAUUUGAGGACCACUUUGACGAUGAGAUCGACUUCACUCCACCGGCAGAGGACACACCUUCUAUGCAGUCUCCAGCUGAGGUUUACACCCUCGCUGUGUCCCCUGUGGCCCUGCCUGGACCUCCACACCUCCAACCCCCUGCUCGCAUCACAGAGGGAUCCACAAGCUUCCAGGUUGCACGUCACAAUCUCAGUUACAUCCAGGAGAUCGGUAAUGGCUGGUUUGGCCAGGUCCUACUGAGUGAAAUCUACACAGAUCCAGGUGGAACCAGAGUGGUGGUGAAGGAGCUAAAAGCUAAUGCAAGUGCCAAGGAGCAGAAUGACUUCCUGCAGCAAGGAGAUCCAUACAGAGUGCUGCAGCAUCCAAACAUCCUCCAGUGCCUCGGCCAGUGCGUUGAGGCCAUUCCCUUCCUGCUCGUCUUUGAGUACUGUGAAAUGGGGGAUUUGCGGGGCUAUCUGUCUCAGCAGGACUGGAUGUUCAGAAACGCUGAGUUACUGCAGCUGCAGAGGAUGGCCUGUGAAAUUGCUGCUGGCGUCACUCACCUCCACAAACACAACUUCCUGCACAGUGAUUUGGCUCUGAGGAACUGCUACCUGACUGCAGAUCUUACUGUCAAAGUAGGAGACUAUGGAAUUGGACCCUACAGAUACAAAGAGGAUUACAUCAUCACUGAGGAUGAUGUGUUUGCUCCGCUUCGCUGGUUGGCUCCUGAGCUUGUGGGUGAACGCCACGGGGGUGUGAUCACUAUAGAACAGACCAAGCCCAGCAAUGUGUGGGCCUUGGGGGUGACAUUGUGGGAGCUUUUUGAGAGCGCAACUCAGCCGUAUCCGCAUCUGUCUGACCGGGAGGUUCUCAAUCAUGUGAUCAAGGAACAACAAGUCAAACUCUUUAAGCCACAGUUGGAGCUGCCUUAUUCUGACAGAUGGUAUGAGGUCCUGCAGUUCUGCUGGCUGUCCCCAGACAAGCGGGCUACAGCAGAGGAAGUGCACCGUUUGCUCAUCUAUCUGCGCAUGCAAGGACAGAAGGACAUAGAAGAAGAUUUUGAGCAACGCUGGGAUGCUCUCAAGCCUAACCCCUCCACACGGCAGACCACUGUUAGCCAUUCCUCAUUCCCCAUCUUGGAACAAUUUGCUGAUGAUGCCAUGCGACAGGAGAUCGAUGAAGUUUUGACCGUCACUGAAACUAGCAAAGGUCUCAGCUUUGAGUAUGUUUGGGAGGCAGCUAAACAUGACCACUACGAUGGCAGCCAUAGUCGCUCAGGCAUGGACACGACAUUGAACUAUCAUAGCAUGUUCUUUCCUGUUUCCAGUGAAGAUAUCCGGGCCCAUUUCCCUGAUCCGGAAGCCAGAGCAGUGGGUACAGAAAGUAGUAACACUCCAUCAGGAAUACCUGGGAUUGUACCAGUGUUUGAUGCACAAAAGCCAUGCAAUGGAAACGAAUAUUACAUACAACUAGAAGAACAAGGGGAGAGCAAUGUUGGGGUGGAUGAGAACAGAGGACAAGACAUGGACUAUAGUUCAGGUCGGCAAGAUUUUGUUGUUCUCCAAGAUGUCCGUUUGGAUGAGUCCAGCACUGAUGCAGACUUUUUCCACCAAAGCAUCGACUCCAAGGAUUCCUAUUUACCAGACAGUCACAUAUGGUCAUCUCUUGAAAAUGACAGCCCAUAUCACACCAACAUUUUUACAGAGGGAGGCUCCAAGCAAGAGGAUUCCCCUUCCUGGACACAGUCUUUUAUGGAGCUUCCAGAACGCAACGGGAACCCUUUCCAAAAAGGUUUACCUUUGGACACUCAAGAGGCAGAUGAAGAUAAAUCCUAUGGGAGUUCUUUUUUAGGGGAUAGUUCAGAAGCCACUCACCGGAUAGAUCCUGUGAAAGGGGAGCAGGAAAACACAGAUAUGAUGGGGCUUCUGAACACUGAAAAACUAGCAGACAACUUUAUGUUUCUCAAAGAGCAGAAUCUGAUGAAAGAUGGAUCAAGUUUCUUAAGUUCACAGCAGAAUUUUCUUUCACCUGGCAUAGCCCACCAACCUGAAGAAGCAUUCAAAAUGCGUUCUUGGGACAAUCUUGAGAAUUUAGGCAGCUUAAACACAGCAGAUACAUAUUCCAAACCUGCAGCAAGUAGCACGUCCUCAAGACAAACACUUUUAGACUCUCCCUGUACUAGCUUAGGGGAGAUAAGUCAGUCUCUGGUAGAAAAUAAAACACUGGUGCCUUCCAUUACAGUGAUCACAGACGAUAACACAAGCAACCAGCUGCCAGUUAGCUCUUCCACUGAAGACCUUGGUCUGCUGCAAUCCUCAGAAAGAGGUGUAGACUCUGGUUUAUAUUCUACCUCAGAAAGGUUUGAGGUUACCAUUAGUCAAACUGAUGCCCACACCCCUGCAUUUUCUGAAAGUGCCACUAUAGACUCAUUGUGCGCAGAUGCCAAAAUUCCCAGCCUUGAAGACGACCUUGGAACCUCAAAGGAUAGUGCUCCACUCGUGGGCAGUGAAAUGCCUGAGAACUUGGAAGUCCAAGUCUUGGCCUCAGACAACGGACACAGUGAAGACCUUACAAGCAACGAUCUGUUGAGUGAACUACUCGAGGAUGCAGAUAUAGAACUGGAAACCACUCUAUCUGACCAUGACGAAUCCUUUGUAGAUACUAAUGGACAACCCCUUGUGAGAUCUUCUCUGUUGGUCUCUGGGCCAUCGUUGGACCAGAUCAGUCAGGACAGUUUACUGGAAGACAGUAUGUCCACUACUGUACCAACUAUAGACAAUUCAGCGGAGACACCAGACUCUCUUGACUCCCUUGAUAUCCAUCGGCUUGGGGAACAGGGGGAAGAGCUGAAUGGUCAAAUAGCUCAACACAAACUCCAGCCUCCACACAAAAUAUCAGACAGUGGGUAUGAGACAGAGAACCUGGAGUCUCCUGAAUGGAAUUUUCAGGCAAAUGCCACAGUCGACUCCCCUGUCAAAAAUGGCACAAAUGUUGCAGAAGAAGAGACAGAAGAGUCCACUGCUGCAGCAAAUCUGGUUCCACCAGAAAUCAUCAUUUCUGAAGUAGAAGUUGUUCUAGAUACUCAUAGUGAGGAUACUGCUGAGGACCAGCAGCCGGAUCAGGUACCUCCUGCUCAGGAAAUGCCCAUGGGCAGUAAUUACAGAGACUCUGCCUACUUCUCAGACAAUGAAUCAGAACCUGAGAAGAAGUCUGAAGAAUCUGGAGGUUCUGCUGAAGUCCUGUGGCUGAGGAACUCAAUUGACGAGGGCAGCAAACCCUCUGCAGGUCCAUCACUGGAGCUUCACGAGGACAGGGAUAUCGAUUCUUUAUUUUCUCAGCAGAAAUCUUCUGGAGCUGCUGAAACACAAGCGGUUGAAGAAAAACCUGCUAUUCACGUUUGGGGCCUGUUUUCACAGGCAGAUUCAGACAUCACAGAGAAACGUGAGGGGGAGGCAACCAUCAGCCAUAAUGAAGCUGAAAACAAAUCAGACUUUAUCAAGGACGCAACAACUCUCAAUCAACCAGACCAGUCUAAAGAUUCAGAAACCUCAAUUCCACCUCCUUCUGCUAUCCCAUCAAAGCAGGAGAAUGCAGUUCACGCUAAACUAACCAGGACCUACGCCAGUGAUGGUCAUAAAAUAAAAGAGCCGGACAUGGAGGGGCGUUACCUGGGGAGGCGGGAUGGCUCAGGAUUAGAUGUGCAGGAGGAUGGCGUAGAUGCAGAUGAGGAGGACGAGAACAGUGACGACUCCGACGAUGACGUUCGUGCAUAUCAGCUGCACAGCUCCAGUUCAGAAAGUGAGGAUGAUGCCGUGCAUCCAGUGCCGCUCAUUGUCUCAGACGACAGUAGUGCGAAGAACCUGAAGAGCUUGCUGAAACCCACCACUCUCAACGUGGAGUCAUCUUCCCCAUUUUCUGCAAGGUGCGAUAACUCCAGAAGAGCUGUGUCCUUCUUCGACGAUGUCACUGUCUACCUGUUUGACCAGGAGACUCCCACCAAGGAACUGGCUGACCAUUCUUCAGGCUCAAACAGUCAGGUACCAGAGUUCAGCAGCCCAGUGUCCACUGCCAGCUACCUAAACCGCUUCACCAACUCUGAAAGCUCCACUGAUGAAGAGGGAGGUGGUUUCGAGUGGGAUGAUGACUUCUCCUCCCCGGCACCUGCCUUCUUACCCAAGACGGAUAAAGACCCAGUAUCUAAGGCGAUGUCCUCAUCUGCGACAUCUCGCUUUUCCUCUCCGCCCCCUGCAGCAGGGCGCGUGCUGGAGCCCAGCUGGAGCAGCUCCUCGAACUACUCCCGUUUCUCCAUCUCACCGGCCAGCAUCGCAAGCUUCUCCCUCACACAUCUUACCGACUCCGACAUCGAACAAGGAGGAAGCAGUGAAGAUGGAGAAAAAGACUAGUGUGAUAAAUGAAGGGACCAUUGACCAUCACACUACUGAGAAAUUAACUUGAACUCGCACUUUUUUGGGAAUGGAGAACAUCUGAUUGAGGACGCAGGGCACGUCUUGUGGGGCAAACCGUGGAGGCUUCUCUCAGGCAGAACUGUUCCUCGUGGAGCCAUUCAUGAGGACAAAGGCGGUAAACUGACUUUCAGCAAAUAAAGACGGACGAGGCCCAGUCCUAGCCUGAGUCACAUCACCUCUCCAGCUACAUCAGUGUGUGUGAUUUCAGUUCAGUGCAAUUUCACUUUGGAAUAAAAAUUAAAAAAAAGACAGAAAAUGACUAAAAACGGGCCGAGCUUCUAAAUAUUUGCUUUAAAGACUCGUCGAGCUCAUUCCAAGUGUUUGGCUGCUUCUUUUUGUUGUGUGUCUAAGUGCACUCCUUCUCCAGGACUUUUGCGUCACCAAAAAAAAGACUUUAUGUUCUCUAUUAACUGACAUACCGGGCUGGCAAACCUCUCACUACAGCCGAUUUAGGAAUAAGCUCUUUGAUUUCAGCAGAUGUAAAACUGAACAUUCAAGCUGUUUCUGCACCAUUGUUGAUUUUGCUUCUUCAUGUUGUGUGAUUAUUUCGGUGGUUGCCUUUUUAUUUUUUGAAAGAGUGAUUCAUUAUUUUCGUAACUUUUUUUUGGGUGAUGUUAUUAUCUCCAAUGUGGAGAGAAGCUGUGGUAUCCUUCUGUAGCAGAUUGACACACAGAGGAUGACUGGAUAAUCAUCAAUCCCUCAUCUGCAAAGGUGACGCACUGUAUGCUCCUUCAUCUGAGUUUGAAAGGAGCAUUUACAGUAAGUAGUUUCAUAUUUUUGAGACGUCUCUGUAAGAAUUGUGUUAUUUGACAAGGAUUGUCAUAUAAAUCCUUAAUAGUCGGGAGGAAAAGCUUAAACAAGUAAUUCAUGUUGCCACGCUUAAUUUUUUCCUCUGAUAUGUGCAGGAAGCUGCUUGGACGGUUUCGUCUCGACUCCUCGUCACUCGGUCUGAUUAGCUGUCGAUGUUGUAAAGACAACUUUACUAACACUACGAAAUUUCAAAUCACACAUCAAGUGAGAUUGUAAAAAAAAAAAAGGGGGAGAUUUUAUUUUUAAAUGUCAGAAUGAAGAAAUAUGUGUGGUAACAAAUGUGCAAUGAAUUCCACGUAUCGGGUGAAAAUAGCCGAUAUAACUGAGGAGAUCAUAGGAUGAUCUGGUGAAACGCUGCGGCGUUUCUUAAGUGACGUGCAGGGACUUAUUAAAGCUUCAUUUAAAAAAAAUCACUACUAGAACAAAUAACACUGCUGCUUUUAUCAGAGUUGUCUGCCUUUGUUUUUUUUUACUUUGUGUCAAACUUUACGAACCUGUUCAGAUGGCAUUCUCCUCCUGAAGGACCCUUUUUACAGCACUUCAUUGUACGUUAUCAUUUGCAGGCCAUCUGUUGUCUCUGUUGCUGUGCAGGGUUGUACAGCUACAGGAAGGGUUUUCAUGUACAGCUAUCAAAUCAGUUCUUUGAAAACUGUAAGUUCUAUAAUUACUGUAUGGUUCUCUCCUUUCAAUGACUCAAAACAUCUUAAAUUUCACCUGAGGAACAGCUAUACUGCACCUGUAGUAGUUAAUUACCAUCUCCCUCCGUCCCGUACAGAAGGCACUGUAUCUUAGACGAUGUUAACCUCUGUUUAAAAACCAGCAGCCUGUGCUUCAGUUAAACUUGAACAUUUAUUUAAGGAAAACUUUGUUUUAUUUGACUUCAAUAUACAUUUGCUUAAUCUUGCACAUUUGAAAAAUGUAACUUAAUGUUGAACUGUUCUGAUGUGUAUAUAAAUGUUAAUUUUGUCUGUAAAUGGGAAAUGAUGUAACUUGAGUUGUAGGUAUGAGGUUUCAUUUUGUAACUUAAAGCUGAGUCGAUCAGAGGAACAUAUCACAGUCGUUGGCUAAAAAGCAGUUAAAUUAAGACGCGGAGAAGCGGAUGUGAAAAAUAAUUAUGUCCUUUAAACGUGUAGAUUUUAAAGAUAUUUUUACUUCAUAUUGAUCAUGCUUAGUGUAAUUGAAUGAAAUGUUUAUAAUUACACUGUUUAAUAUGAAAAUAAAUGCAAAUGAACU